CAUGUACUUGUUUUGAGUUCGUAGUCGUUUGUGUUGUAGGAGUAACGAUAUCAUGUUUGUUGAUCAUUAUUGAUAUUUAAAGAAUUAACUAUUAUUUAAGUGCAGAAAGCAAGAUGGAUGUAUCCAUUCCUGGUCUCACUACUCAGGUAUGUGAGCGUUUAGGUGAUCUUUGCCCAGAUGAAAACAAAUGCAGCGAAUCUCGAGAAGAAAUUCACUCCUCUGAUUCAGGCUUUUGCAGAAAGCUAGCUAAUCUCGCCGUGCCAGCAGAUUCAAAUGUCAGCACUACAGGUAGCAUUUCUGUAAUCGAUAAAAACUCCGUGCAUAGAAUCUGCUCUGGACAAGUCAUCCUUACUCUAGCUACGGCUGUGAAGGAACUGAUAGAAAACAGUAUUGAUGCUGGAGCAUGUGUGAUAGAGGUUCGUCUGAAAGACUAUGGGAGUAAGUUGAUCGAAGUGAUAGACAAUGGUUGUGGUGUGAGUGACCUUAAUUUCCAAGGGUUAACAUUGAAACAUCAUACCUCAAAACUCAAAGCAUUUUCCGAACUUGUUGGAGUGGAAACUUUUGGGUUCAGGGGUGAAGCCCUUAGUUCUCUCUGUGCUUUAAGUGAUGUAGUGAUUACAACUUGCCACGAAUCGUCCGCGAUUGGAAGCAAGCUAACAUAUGGUCAUGGUGGCGAUAUCUUGGGUAACAUUCCAUGCCCACGACAGAAGGGAACGACAGUUAGUGUUGCUGAGAUCUUCUCUACACUGCCUGUUCGCCAUCGAGAAUUCACAAAGAAUGUCCGCAGAGAGUUCACCAAGAUGGUAUCUGUGCUAAAUGCGUAUUGUGUCAUAUCGACAGGCAUCCGCCUCUCCUGUUCCAAUCAAGUGGGCAAGGGGAAGAAAACGAUUGUGGUAGCAACAUCUGGUAAUGGUUCAACCAGAGAAAACAUUGCUGACGUAUUCGGCCCAAAACAACUGAACAGCCUUGUGGAGCUCAUUGAAAUUCCUCCUGGUGAUGAGAUACUGGCGGAGUACGGUUUUGCUGCAAAAGAUUUGACUGCCAAGAAAUUCAGCAUUUCUGGCUAUGUGUCUGACUGCACACAUGGAGAGGGUCGCAGCACUACUGACCGGCAGUUUGUCUUCAUCAAUGGACGGCCUUGCAACUUGCCAAACGUAACAAAGAUUUUGAAUGACGUCUACCAUAUGUAUAACAGAUACCAAUAUCCAGCUUGUGUUUUAAACAUCAGUUCUGCUAAAGAAAUGGUAGAUGUUAACGUCACGCCAGACAAGAGACAAGUGUUCGUGCAGAACGAGCGCCUCCUACAGGCAGCGUUGAAAGCCACGCUUCUUUGCGUCUUCCACGAUCGAUCAUUCAGCAUUCCCACAAGUGGCACCACCUUGCAACAGAAGAUCACCAACGCCAAGAUGUCCUCUGUGCAAGGAUCGGUAAUGGGAGACAAAGUUUCGUGUAGCGGGUUCUUGCCAGAAAGGCCAUCAGUUGCCAGUCUAAAACGCUCAUUCGGCCAAUGGCACAGCUCUGGGGCACUGCCGACCGAGCAGCAAGUGUCGAAACAGAGACGCAUUGACAGUUUUCUCAACGAGAGCAUCACAGCGGCGGGUGCCAAAUUCUCUGAUGCCAGCCACACCAAGGGGAACCAUGGGGAUGACAAGAAGAUGGUAGAUGGCACGUAUAGUGGCAUCCAGGUACAUGAUGAAGAUGGCAGAGGGGUGGCAGAUGCUGUUUCUGGUGGUCGACACUGCAGCGUGAGACACAAGUUAAGCGCGGUGGUGGACGAUGACCCUCUUAAUAGUAAAGACAUCAAGAUAAGUGACGAGGAUGGCAAAGAGACGGUAGAUGAGCCUUCUGGUGGUCGACAUGGCAUAGUGUGCCACAGGAAAAAUAAGGAGGUCGCAGAUGAGCCAACAGGCAACGUCUCUGGUCAAGCAAUUAAUAUCAACUCAUGUGAACCAGCAGACAGUGUCUCUAGUGAGUCUUCGGGUCAUUUCCAAGAAUUGUUAGCAGCUGGGGACGGUAGCCACGUUAUGCCCCUGCUUCUGCUAAGCUCACAUCUCCAUGGUAUGCCAGAAGACUGUGGAGACGUAGUCAUGGAGCACCAAGGAAGUUUAGCAAUGCCAUUGCAAGGCCAUCAAAACAAAAGUGUACAAAACAUGGCCACCAGAUCCGCACUGAGCAAGUUCCGCAGCAGUUUUGACAAGCAUACACGUGUACCUGACACUAAAGGCACCACUGGAAGUCCACAGAAGCAAUCUCUUGGGCCUGUUCUGCUCUCACAUACUAGUCAUAACUUUCAAGCCAGCAACUGUGAUAAUGAACACCCAACAGAUGGAAGAUUGACCAAAUGUUCUGUGGGCUUGCAAAACAAUAGCUGUCUAUUCAGAAAUACAGGCCUCGGUCACACAGAAAACAAUAGCGUGGUGCAAAUUGACACAGAUACAGAGUACCACGAUGAGAGUUCACCACAGACUCAAGGUUGUAAUUAUAUGAGCAGUGAUGCACCGUGUGGAAGUAAUAAUCAUGAUAUCCUUACCGACUCCAUAAAUGACAUGCUGCAGCAGAGAAGGUCUGUGACAUUUCCCUUCUCCAUGAAAUGGUUACGGCAGCGACUGGCAGCAGGAAACUGGUCAGUUGAACAGCACUCACUGAAGAGAGCUGCUCGUGAAUUUCGUGCUAGGAUUGCACCAUCGGAGAACAAGGCUGCAGUGGAGGAAUUGAGAAAGACGCUGAACAAAGAUUCCUUUGCCAACAUGCAAAUUAUUGGCCAGUUCAACCUGGGCUUUGUAAUUGCUAGCCUGGGAACAGAAUUGUUUAUCGUGGACCAGCACGCAACUGACGAGAAAUACAACUUUGAACAGCUAAGCAAGCAUACUAUUAUACGUAGUCAGAAGCUCAUCAAGCCCCAAGACCUCGAGCUUACAGUUGCAAGUGAAUGCAUUCUAGAAGAAAAUUUGACUGUGUUCAACAAGAAUGGCUUCGAGUUUGUAAAGGAUGAGACAGCAGUGUCCGGUAGAGGAUACAAAUUGUCCGCAACACCAGUCAGUGGCUACUGGACUUUUGGCAAAGAAGACGUUGAUGAAUUAAUCUUCAUGUUAAGUGAUGCACCUGGUGUGAUGUGCAGACCUACGAGAGUUUCCCACAUGUUCGCCUCUCGUGCGUGCAGAAAGUCGAUCAUGAUUGGGACAGCACUGAGCCAUUCUGAGAUGAAAAAGUUGGUAUCACACAUGGGAGACAUGAAACAGCCUUGGAAUUGCCCUCACGGUCGUCCCACACUAAGACACCUGAUCAGCCUUCACGCACUGCCUGACUAAAGAUCAACAUAAAGAUCAGUC